UAGCUAAAUCAGCAGUUAUUUGCGGCGGCUAAUUGCACUUGGUUCGUGAAAAUUGGCCUGCAAAAGUUGCCUCGCUGGGCACGCAGUUUGUGUGGAGAAGUGAGAAAAAAAAACUAGACAGUCUCUCUGCCCCCGAGGCGGCAGCGACGCCGGCAGCGCAGUAGCUGCGCCCCGAAGUCCUGGCGGAAAAUCGGGGAUAAAUUUCCCGUGCUGCUGCCCAAGGACAUAAGAUAGACGGCAAUGGAAUCGGAGACGAAAGCCAGCGGCGAUGAGGAGAAGCAGGAAGAAAAACCCAGCAUGGCCAUGCCCAUGGACACUCUGGACCCACCGCCGCCGAAUAGCGCCAACAACAGUAAUUCAAAGACCCUUAAACGAUGCCUGAGUGUGCCCAUAAUCCGGACCCCGUCAACGGGCAAAACUCCGGGUGCAAAAACUCCAAUGACCACCCGGGCAGCUGCAGCGGCUGCUCUGGCGGCCAGGGAGCACGAGCAGACGCCCAAGAAGAGCCAGCAUCAACCGGUGCUUGAUAUCCAAAUGCCAACUAUUGCUUCCAUCGAUCGCUUUGGCAAGAACAUACACAUACGCUCGCAGCCCAACUCGAGGGAGGUGUCCCCGGCUCCAGUAUUCAAUAUAUUCACACCGCGAGCCCGACGCUAUUCGGCUAGCUAUAGUCCCCUGACCACAGCCGCCAAUGGAGCCACUCUCUGCCUAACGCCCAGGGUCUCCCAGUUGCGGCAGGAGGAGUGUGCGGACCUAAAUAGUCGCGAGGUGAACCAUGAGCGAGAAGUGCAUCGGGAAAUACAGAUAUCGCAGAGCUGGGAGGAUCUCACACUGGUGGCUGAGAACUGGUCCUGCAAAUCCGAUGAGUUUUCGAAUCCCCUGCAGGUCAACCUGCCGCCCACCGGCAGCACCAGCUGCUCCAGUCCCAGUCCAACUAACAAUCGAGCCGGAAUGCGGCUACCAUAUUCGCCAUCGCCCACGAGGCGGACAUUUGCCACCCGGAGAUCGAUGUCACCGAUUGCCAUGAGGCCAUCGCAGCUGGGACCGGUGAAGCGGAAGUUUGAGCUGGACGAUGCUCCCACGCAGGGAAGUAAUUGGAGUGUGUAUUCCCCACCGCCGCUUAAAAAGAUAUUUACGGAGAGUCGCGGCUCCUCGCCUGUGUGCCAAUCACCGUCGUCGGUGUGUCCCAGCCCGGAUUCCGGAACGUACGACGGUCGGAUUACGCCCAAGUUGUUUAUCUCAAAGCUGUGCACAAAUAAUGCGGUGAGCGGAUCAGGAAGCGGGACAAAUCAUUGCAGCAGCUCGGGCUGCCCCUCGCCGGUAUCCGCAUCACCGGGCGGCCUGAGCAGUGGCCCCAAUCUGGACGCAGCCAUGUGCCUCGUUUCAGGCGGAAGCCAGAGCCAAAGCAUCGACGAGGGCAUCUCCAUACCACUCGAAUCAGAGAUAAACUCCUCAACCUGCCGCAGUCGCACCUCCUCCAUAGUAUCGACGGCUUCGUCCAGCACUCAGGUGUUAGUUAACGAUCUGAACGACGAUGCCACGCUGAUGGAUGAUGCCAAGAGCGAGACGUCAUCGAUUGGUGGCUGCUCCACCAUCAGCAUAGAGUCCUCAUCCUGCGACAGUGGUGCCCGAACGGCAGCCACCUUCCUCAAUCGUUUGGUUGUGGAUUCGGAUGGCAGCGGCGGUGGCUCACCGCUGGCGCAGAAGAGCUUCUACAUCAACAAGCAGGGAUUGUCGGGCGCCAAGAAGUUCAUUGUUAACCAUGAGAGAACGGCGAGUGCCGCCAGCAAGGAUGUGCCGCAAAAGCUUUAAGAAUCGGUUGAUAAAAUCGAUUUUGGGAAUGCAAAAAGAAAGGAUAAUAAGAGAAUAGAUAUUGGUUUAUUCAUGGGGUAUUUUGCUUUGGAAGCCUCAGGUAGAAUCUUAGGCUUGUCUUCCAAGGAAAUCCAUAAUACAAAUAGAAAAUCAUAUUCUGCCUUACAUUUAAACAAUUUUUUAAAGAAAAGUUAAAGGAAAGUAAGAAGACAAAGUAAUUAAUGUCAGAUCUGUAUUAUCUACUUAAUACGCAUCUUGAACACACAAAAUUUAAGGAAAUCUAAUAUAACUAACUUCAUUUAAAAUCCGUAGAGCUCUCCAAAGCAAAAUCUUCUGUACUCGACCCGAAAAACAACUCGCUUUAGUCGGGUGGGUUUCCCAUAGGAACCCACUGAUUUGCUAAAUAAUUAGUUUGUAGCUUUGUUGUAAAUAGUUAAGUUGUUUUGUCUAACGCUAUAAACAACUGUAUUGCAUAUCAUAUUUCACAAAAACACACAACACACACUCGCUCGCUCUUUAAUCCCUAGCAAACAUUCGUUUUUAAUGUGUUAGCUUAAGUUUAUCUAUUAUAUAGGCAGAUUUAUUACACCCGAUCUUUUGUGUUAUGAUAUGUUCUUCAUUUACAAAUGUUUUGAUUUAUAAAUAAUCUUUUUUGUUUACCUUUGCAUAUAUAUAUAAAUAAUAUGAAUAAUUUAGUUUCGUUAGAUGUUAGCCUACCAAACAAGGUCCCAAUUUUGCCAAAUAUGUUUCCUGUACGUAAUAUGUAAUCCAACAUUAUAUUGCCUAUAAUGUGAUCAAAAUAUUCGCGGCGAUAUAUGUGCAUAUCUCCAAAAAAAAAAAAAGAUCGAUAUAUAUAUAUAUAAAUAUGUAUUUACACCUAUAUUAUAUAGGUUUACAGUUCGAUUCUAAAUAUCGUAAGCGAAUUUACGUAGCUUCAGGAAAUGUUAUACUUAGAAAUGAUUCAAGAUCGAAAGAAAAUGCCUAUUAAACAUUUUUUCAAAUA